AGUUUUCUCACUCUCGUGGCUCCCUCCUCUGCCCAGCCAAAAAAAUAAAGAAAUCCCCAAUUUCUCUACUCCACAACUCCACGCUCUCUCCUCUCCCAUGUCGCCUUAAACUUCCACCCUAUCCAUUACUUUAUGGACCUUUUCCCUCCUCCUCCUCAUGUCUCUCCUUUCUCUCCCUCGCUCUUUCUUCUCCCUCUCCCUCUCUUCGCCGUCUCACGCGAUCACUUCCCGCAGAAACCGAUGCUUCAGCUGCUCUCUCUCUGUUUCUAAAACAAGCAACGCCACCUCGCCUGCGAUUCUCUGGUUGAAGCAGGAUCUUCGUCUCGAUGACCACCCUGGCCUUCUACAAGCUUCCAAGUUUCCUGCUUUACUCCCUCUUUACGUUUUCGAUCACCGUAUUCUCUCCCGUUACAAUGAUGAGAAGCUAGAACUGGUUCUUUUUGCGUUGGAAGAUUUAAGAAAGUCACUAAAGAAGCAAGGGUCUAAUUUGAUUAUCAGGUUUGGGAAUGCAGAAAAUGUGAUAAAAGAGCUUGUACUAGAGGUGAAAGCUGCCAAUGUGUUUGCGGAAGUGGAGGUGGAGUAUCACUUGCGUGAGAUAAUACAUGUUGUGGAAGAGACAUUAGUGAGGAUGCCUUCGUUUGAUAGGAGCCCGGAGAUUGUGUUGUGGCAGACUCCGUUUUAUGAUAUUAAGAAUCUGAAGGACUUCCCUGCUUCGUACGAUGAGUUUGAGAAGCUUCAAUUGGCUGUAACUUCACCUCUUCUGCCAUCAAGAUUGCCUAGUGCAGAAAUGGAACUGGACUGGGGUUUGCUACCCACUUUGGAUAACUUGAAGAAGUUUGUGAAUGAAAGUCCUUCCAAAUUGAAUGAAAGUUGGGCUUUGCUCAAGGAGAUGUCAAUUGAAACCAUAUUGCAGAAGCAAUUAUCAAAGUCAGGGAAAGGAAGUUUGAAUAAUUCAAAUUUUAAGCAUACCAAGAGGAAGAGACUGGAUAAAUCUGUUUUUGUUACACAAAAGCAAAAUGUUGUGGGUGGUGGGACAAACAGUGUGCUUAAUGCAUUGGCUGCAUACUUGAGAUAUUUGGAGGGAACUGCUCGGGAUGACUGGCAAGAGGUACAUGAGAAAUUGCGAACUGCUGAAAUUCGUGAUGGAGCUUCAUUUUUUGCGCUCUUUGGCCCUGCCCUUUGUCUUGGUAUCAUAUCUAGAAGGAGAGUUUAUUAUGAAUCAAUUAAAUACGAGAAAGAACGAAAUGCUGGGUUUCUAUCACCCUUUGGAUAUUCAACUGCCACAGUUUCUGCUUCAACUGCCACAGUGUGCUCAAUGGAGUGGUAUUUUCUUCGGCUUUUAAAAAGUCAAUUCAGUGAUGAAGGAGCAUAUCCUAUUCGGAUAUGGAGAUGGAAUGGUUAUCUAAUUCAGUAUACAGUUGUUGGCAAUAGAGGCCCUGCUGUUCUUCUUGUUCAUGGUUUUGGUGCAUUUUUGGAGCACUUUCGUGACAAUAUAAGUAGUAUAUCUAAUGAUGGGAACCGAGUUUGGGCUGUCACGGUUCUAGGAUUUGGCAAAUCAGAGAAACCAAAUGUUGUGUAUACUGAACUUAUGUGGGCUGAAUUGGUGAGAGAUUUUAUAAUUGAAGUUGUUGGUGAACCAGUGCAUCUCAUGGGAAACUCUAUUGGUGGCUAUUUUGUAGCUCUUGUCGCCUACUUUUGGCCUGCUUUAGCCCAGUCUGUUGUCCUUAUCAAUAGUGCUGGGGAUAUUAUUCCAGCAUAUACUUCUCCGCAAUUCUCCAAAGUGAGAGCGACUUCAGGGGCUACGUGGCUUGGUGCUCGACUCCUUUUGUUUUACUUGAGGCUGGGUUUGGGAAGCAUAGUAAAGAAUUGCUACCCAACUAAAACUGAGAGAGUUGAUGAUUGGCUUAUUAAUGAAAUGCUAAGAGCUUCUUAUGAUCCUGGUGUCCUAGUGGUACUAGAAAGUAUUUUCAGUUUCAAUCUUUCACUUGCUCUUAAUUAUCUCUUGGAAGGCUUCGAAGGCAAGGUUCUAAUCAUACAGGGAAUGAAAGAUCCUAUAACUGACUCCAAGUCUAAAGUGGCUAUGCUCACAGAACACUGUCCUGGGGUCGUCAUCAGGGAAUUGGAUGCUGGCCACUGUCCUCACGAUGAGAAACCAGAAGAGGUAAAUUCUAUAAUUUCUCAAUGGAUAUGGACAAUAGAAAGUAGAGUUCUCUCUCAAGCCUGUUCAUAGUUUUUACAUAGCUGCGUAGCCCAAAGGAGACAUCAUUUUCUUUCCCACGUCAUUGCUUUCUUACUCGAUUCUUUUGAUUCUUUGGCCUCAUCCCUGAAUGCAGGGCCAUUUAUUUGCAUGAUGUAAUGAAUACUGUAAAUCACACAUGCUUGAGUUUAGGAUUUGAUUAACAACUUCUGAUUCCAGAAUUAGAUCA